UGAAGAUUUAUCGCUGACUGUUUGAGAUCUCGUGGAUUGUCGAGUAGGUCAUCCGUCGUAAGUUACCUACUGGUUUGGUCCGUUGACUUUCAUAGAAGCCGAGAUGGCGUACACGGCGGUGAACUUGGUGCUGGGGAAGCUGGGCGAGCUUGCUUCCAGCGAGGUCGUCGGCCUCCUGAACGUGGACGGAGAGGUCAAGUCGCUGACGGAAACACUGGCACUGAUUCAAUCCUUUCUCAGGGAUGCCGACCAGAAGCCCAGACACGAGCAGAGCCACUCUCUGCAGGAGUGGAUGAGGCAGAUCCGGAACUUGGCGUUCGAGAUGGAGGACCUGGUGGACGAAUACGCGACGCGGCUAGGCCGCGCUUCAGCCAACGGCAGCCGGAAGAGCCGUCUCCGAUGCAUCGCCGCCUUCCCCUCCCGGAUCCGCACUCGCCAUAGGCUCGCGAGCCGCCUGCAGGACAUCCAUGCCAGAUUUCAAGAUGUAUGCAAACAAGCAUCGCAACUUGGCAUCCAAUUAGGCUCCUCCUCCUCCUCCUCCUCCUCCUCUGCAGCCAGCGCAACGCUUGCUCGAAGAUUUGAACUAGAAGAAGACAUUGUCGGAUUUGACGAAGAUAUGAAAGACAUCAAAAGGCAGCUGUUCGACGUUAGUUCAACAUCUCGCGUUGUCCUUUCGGUCGUCGGUCCUGGUGGUUUGGGCAAGACAACGCUGGCGAAUAAGAUCUACAGGAGCACAGAUGUCAAAAACUAUUUCCAGCGCAAGGCAUGGGUGUUCGUGUCGCAGAAGUACGAGGUUCAAGAACUCUUGCGCAGCAUUGUCAAGCAAGUGUUCGACUUCAAGGAUGGGGAAGAAAAAGGUAUGGAAGAACUAGAGAUGAAGGAAAAGUUGUGGGAGCACUUGAGCGACGGAAGAAGGUACCUAGUCGUGAUGGAUGAUAUUUGGGAGGUGGCAGCUUGGAACGCCAUUAAAGCAGCUUUCCCAAAAGAAUCGACUGGAUCCAGAGUGUUGCUGACCACACGCAAGAUGAACGUUGCGAACGUUGCAGAUGUUCCUCCACACAAGCUGAAAGUUUGGAAUGCGGAAGAGAGCUGGAAUUUGUUCUGCAGGAAAGCUUUCCGCACAGCGUGCUGCCCGCCGGAGUUGGAGCAAUUCAAGGUAGAUAUCUUCAAAAAAACUAAAGGACUGCCUCUUGCCAUUGUGGUGCUUGGAGGAAUUUUGAGAGGUACAAAUCAAGCUAGUGAAUGGAGGAAAAAGCUGGAGUAUAUUUCUUAUGAAUUCAGAGAAGGAGAAGACCAAAUCCUCAGAAUAUUAGCUCUCAGUUAUCAUGAUCUUCCGCAUCAUUUGAAGCCUUGCUUCCUCUAUUUUGCAGCGUUUCCUGAGGAUUAUAGUAUCAGUGCAGAGAGGAUAAUACUUUUAUGGAUCGCUGAGGGUUUCAUACAAACCAAGGACAAAGUGGAUCAAACAAUGGAGGACCUCGCCGAGGCAUAUUUGAUGGAUUUGAUCGACAGGUCCAUGUUACAAAUGGAAAGAGUGAGUCAGCUUUAUGCACAGGAAGUUCGCAUUCAUGAUCUUCUUCUUGAUCUAGCACGUCAUGAAGCUCGUGAGCUUCACUUCUUCAGGUCCAUAGAUGAUAUAGGUGAAGACGAUCCAAGAGCUUUACGGCGACUCAGUGUCACCGAAAAUGUCAAUGACCAUAUCUCAUCGAACUGCUCUACCACUAAACUACGGUCACUUGUAGUUUGUCUGAAUGAAGGUUUUCAGAGACCGCUGGCAGCUGCCAUCGCCGGAGCGAAGUUCCUCAGAAUCUUGGAUAUUCAGAAACUGCCUAUUGAACACAUACCAAAGGAGAUUGGGGACUUGAUCCUGUUAAGGUAUCUAAAUUUGAGCCAGUCAAAAUUGGAGGAGCUGCCUUCAUCCAUUGGAAACCUCAUCCACUUGCAGACUUUCGAUAUACGAGUGACUAAGAUUCAACAUUUGCCGGAUGCAUUUUGGAAAAUCAGAACACUGAGACAUGUAUUCCUCAAUAACGAGAACACGAGCAUGCCUAAAGCAACAUACUGCCCGGAGGACAUUCAGACACUUGUGAAUAUUUCAAGUGGUCCAUGGAUAUGUGAUGGUGGUGUGCUGGAGAAGCUGAGAAAUCUUCGAAGACUGCAUUUGAAGAACAUGUCAAGCUCUGAUGGGGAUGCUUUAGCCAAUGCAAUCCAGAACCUUUCCCGGCUCGAGAUGUUGACAUUGUUUGGGGAAUCGUUGCCGGUGAGCGUCCUCCUAACUGCAUCUUGUUGCCGUCAUCUUCAGAUUCUGUAUUUGAGAGGACCAUGGGUAAGGCCUGCAAGGAUUCACAUAGAUGCAGAAAAUUCCAGUAUAUUUUCCAACCUUAUCUGUCUCGCUAUUUGGCAAACAAGGUUGGAAAAGGAUGAAGAUAUUGCGAUGCUGGCAUCUCUUGCAAACCUUCAGACUCUUGAAUUGCGUAUUGAUGCAUUUGUAGGAAGAGUUUUGGUGUUUCCAAAGGGAGGGUUUCCUCGUCUCCAAGAGAUCGUGCUGUAUAGAUUGAGCACCAUGGAGCAGUGGGAAGUGGGAGAGGGAGCAAUGCCUCUCCUUCGGGACCUAAGACUUUGGGACUGCAAAAACAUGAGAAUGCUACCAGAGGGACUUGUAAGAUUGACUGAGCUCAAACAAAUUGAAAUAAGCGGAAUGGAAAUCAUAGAGAGAAGGGUCGACAAACAUACUGGAGAAGAUUAUCACAAGAUCAAGCAUGUUCCUUGCAUUGAAGUAAAUUGAAUGAAAGACGAUGACAAUAUCUGACGACACCCAAAAAAUUAAUCAGGACAAACAAGUCAUGCAAGAAGCUGAAGGUACUCUUACUUGGUCGCAGACAAGUCAAGAUAAUGUAAGCUUGUUUUAUGUUAUAUCUGUGAUUCUUGGGCUGAGGUAAGCCAAGAUAUCUAUCACUUGCUCGGUGAUACCGUGUGUUAGAACAUAAUUCAUUUAUAAAUCAAACUGAAUGAAUUCAAAUGGUA